AUGAAAGCUCCCAUUCCUCUCCUGAUCCUGCUUCACGCCGUUGUGGUCCAUUGCCUGAAAGUGGUGUCGAAAAGAGGCUCAGAGGAGGGCUGCACCGACUGGUCAGUGGACUACCUGAAAUACAAGGUGCUUCUGGGGGAACCUGUACGGAUUAAGUGCGCUUUAUUCUAUGGAUAUAUCCGGGCCAACUACACCCAUGCACAGAGCGCCGGGCUCAGCCUUAUGUGGUACAAGAGCGCAGGACACGGGGACUUUGAGGAGCCCAUCAGUUUCGAUGGCACGAGGAUGAGCAAGGAGGAGGACGCCAUUUGGUUUCGACCAGCCGAGUUGGAUGACGUGGGCUACUACUCCUGCGUAUUAAGGAACUCGACGUACUGCAUGAAGGUGUCCAUGUCCCUCACGGUGGCGGAGAACGACACAGACCUCUGCUACAACUCCAAAAUGAGGUUCUUUGAGAAGGCAGAACUGAGCAAAAGCAAAGACAUCCCCUGCCCGGGCAUUGAGGAUUAUACACAGCCGGGAGUGGAGCCGGAGAUUGUGUGGUACAAGGAAUGCAAGCCAAAGCAGUGGAGACAAACCAUAGAGAGGAGGCGGGACACUCUGUCCAUCAAGGAAGUACGGGAGGACGACAUUGGGAAUUACACCUGUGAACUGCAGCUGGGGAACUUUGUGGUGCGGAGGACCACAGAGCUCUCAGUCACAGCCCCACUGACAGACAAGCCGCCAAAAAUCCUCUCCCCUUCAGAGAGCCAGAUGAGCGUCAUAGAGAUGACGACAGGAAGUCCAGUCAACCUGACGUGCCGGGCGUUCUUCGGAUACAGCGGAGACGUCAGCCCGCUCAUCUACUGGAUGAAGGGGGAGAAGUUCAUCGAGGAUCUGGACGAGGAGCGCGUGCAGGAGGGUGAAAUCAAGAUAACCCGGGAGCACCUAGGGGAGCAGGAGGUCUCCAUCUCUCUGACCAUCGACUCCCUGGACGAGAGCGACUUCGGCAACUACUCCUGCUACGUGGAGAACGGCAACGGACGGAGACAAGCCAACAUCCAGCUCGCCAAGAAAGCCGAGCUGAUGUACACGGUGGAGCUGGCCGGCGGCCUGGGAGCCAUCCUGCUGCUGCUCAUCUGUCUGGUGACACUGUACAAGUGCUACAGGAUCGAGCUCAUGCUCUUCUACAGGAACCACUUCGGCAGCGAGGAUCUGGACGGAGAUAACAAGGACUACGACGCCUACCUGUCCUACACGAAAGUAGAUCCGGACCAGUGGAGCCAGGAGACGCGCGAGGAGGAGCGCUUUGCCCUGGAGAUCCUCCCCGACGUGCUGGAGAAGCAUUAUGGGUAUAAACUCUUCAUUCCAGACAGGGACUUGAUCCCCACAGGAACCUACAUCGAGGACGUGGCGCGCUGCGUGGACCAGAGCAAGCGCCUCAUCAUCGUCAUGACGCCCAGCUACGUGGUGCGGAGGGGGUGGAGCAUCUUUGAGCUGGAGACGCGGCUGCGCAACAUGCUGGUGACCGGCGAGAUCAAGGUCAUCCUGAUCGAGUGCGCCGAGCUGCGCGGCAUCAUGAACUACCAGGAGGUGGAGGCGCUGAAGCACACCAUCAAGACGCUGACGGUCAUCAAGUGGCGCGGGCCGUCCAGCAACAAGCUCAGCUCCAAGUUCUGGAAGCAGCUGCUCUACGAGAUGCCCUUCAAGCACCUGGAGCCGCUGAGCAUCUCCCACGAGCAGGUGCUGGACGUCAGCGAGCAGGGCCCGUUCGGCGAGCUCCAGACCGUCUCGGCCAUCUCCAUGGCGGCGGCCACCUCCACCGCCAUGGCGACGGCGCACCCGGACCUGCGCUCGACCUUCCACAACUCCUGCCACACGCAGAUGCGGCAGAAACACUAUUACCGUAGCUACGACUACGACAUGGCGCCCGGGGGCACGCUGCCGCCGCUGUCCACGCUCGGCAACCAGCACACCUACUGCAACAUCCCCAUGACACUCAUCAACGGGCAGCGGCCGCAGUCCAAGUCGCCGCGGCAGACCAGCCUGGAGGAGGCCCACGGCAACAACGCCAUGCUGCCGCUGCUGCCCAGGGAGACCAGCAUCUCCAGCGUCAUCUGGUGA